AUGGGGCACGAGCUUGUGAUCAUUCCAUUCGAAAGCGACGAGCAUGCCGAGCUGGACGAGCAGACCUCGUCUCAGGUCCUCGGGCUUGAGGAGGGAGGUGCGUUGCAGAAGCCGGACCGCAUGCGCCCACGCGUGUUGCCACUGCACCUUCUCGAGAGGCGCAAUGAGGCCAACAUGGCGCAACUGUUCGAGCUGGUGCGGAAGCUGCCCUCAGCGGUCCACUUCUAUUUGGAGCAGUCGGUUUUCCCGCAAUUCAUGCGCUUCCAAGAUGAGAAGCUGUCUGCCUCUGGUCAAGACCUGGGAGGCUCCAUCCUCUUCGGGCAGCGCAUCGGCUUCUCCGGCACGCCCUCGGAUUUGAUGCCGCGGGAGCUCGGACAAUGCGACUACGAGCCAGGAAGCGAAGGCGAAAUGGUCAGCACUAUGACUGACACGCAGGUGGUUACCUUCGAGGCUGUUCAGCCAGGCUGGAACGUGGAGCUGCUGUUGGACAGCAUCAUCGAAGCAGCACAUCAGAAUCGAUGCAAUGCCCUCAUUGACACCGGCGCCCUCAUUACCGGCCUCACGAACCAAGAGGCGAACAUGGCCUUCGAGACUGAAAUCAACGCCACUCAGAAAUACGGCGAGGCUGUCAAUCCCACGCCGCCCGUGCUGCUGCCCGAAGGUGUGCUUUGGCAACCAGACCAGAACCACACGGACAUGGAGGAGUUUGACGAGUUUGAGAGUGGCAUGCCGGAUCCAGUGGGAUUGGAUCAGAUGCGCAUCAGCGUGGCCAACCUCUUUCGCAUUCAUCCGCCCUUUCAGCUGGAGAUGACUGACCAAAGCGCGGCGGUUUUGGAGGAGGAUGGCGCUCCAGCUGGAAUAGACGAGCCCGGUGCCAACCUGUCGAGUUUCCUGGAAGGCUCUCAGGUGGACAGCGAUAAUUGCUACUAUGCGGUGAUGGGGGCAGAACCCCGGGACUCAAGCAUAUGGCUCACGAUGAAAGGGGACGAUAUGAAGUGCAAGUGCCCACGUGGAACCGUGGUAUUUGGCAAGUCCACACUUUGCACCGACCCACAGUAUGUGAAAGAUCGGCGGAAGUUCGACGCCAGGGGGGUGCUCAGAGGGAGAGGCUGCCGUUGCAAUCCCGAGAACGACAACUUUGACAAUUUGCCCCCAGACUGCGAGGAUAAGAAUCCCACAGGCUACAAGAGCAAGACAGGUAGUCCGCUUACGUGUACAGAUUUACGAAUUUUCUGCGAGAGGCCUGGGUUUCAGAAGAUUUGCCCGAAGACCUGCAAGUCAAACUGUGCGCCCCCACGCCCGGCUGCCGUACGGCCUUCCUCUAGCCCGGAGCCAGCGUGGAAGCAGCGCGCCGCGAUGCUGGCAGUGAAGGGCCAGGCCUACACCGCCAAGGCGAUUCGGUCCAUGGGGGCCCAUAAAAUCCCGCACCUGGUGAAGGAGUGGUUCGGCGACAACGACGAGUGGACCCGGAGCCGGGUGCUGGGUGUCCUCAAUGGGGUCAACCGCCUCCUCAGCAAUGUGGAUUACAUCUUUCCCGGGGAGCGUUGCACGGAGAACAAGUUCGCGUACGUCUUUCCCAAGCCACCCUGGAAUAAAAACAAGCGCGGGCGCUAUGUGUUUCACCUGUGCCAGCUCUACAUGAACUCAAAAGAAAGCGACCAAAUCGAGACGCUAACGCAUGAGGCAUCACAUCACGAGACGAUGUUCUCACAGGAUGCGUGCUCUGAUGGCAGCGAGAACCAAGAUUGCCAUAAAUCAUAUGGGCGAAGAACAUGCAAGAAGCUGGCUAAACAGUUCCCGGACAAGGCGGCCAACAAUGCUGACAACUACUGCUUCUUCAUCAACGAUGUGGCCGAGUAUCUCCUGGGCUUCGGCCGCGCCCGGGCGGAGGCAGCCGACAGCCCAUCUGCAAGGCUGGGGUUGUCCGCUCCGACGUUGCCAGACUUCAUGGAUGGAGUGGUGUUCUUGGACGAUGACGGCGGCAAGAAGAUUCUGCUACGCCAGACUCGAGAAAUCACCAAACUGGCGGACAGCGGCGUGCCAGCGCAGAAGCGCUUUGCCUUCUACGACCAGGUGCACACGACUGGCAUGGACAUCCAGCACAAGCUCGAUGCUGUUGCAGCACUGACAUUGGGAAAAGACAUGUGCUGGCGUGAUUACGUCCAGGGCGCCUACAGAAUGCGGGGCAUCGGGCGAGGCCAACGCAUUUGCCUCUACGUAAUCCCGGAGGUUGUCGAGCUGAUCAGCCGGGAUUUGAUCUUGGCCGGCAUCGAGCAGAAGUUGCAAGGGCCUGCAGGGGCAAAGUGGACGGCCUGUGAAAAGGGUCGGUUGUUGGCAGUGGCAGCCUGGCUAUUGGUGAACUCCAUCCGCACCGAGCGAAUUCAAUUUGCCAUGUUGCAGCUGCAGAACCUGGCCAAUGUGUGGCGACGCAAUGCCUUCAAGACCGUGAUGACGGAUUUUGAAGUUGUGACAUCCGAAGGUUUGAAGGAGGCAGUGCAGAUCUUCAAGGAAGCCAAUUGCUUUCACAUUGCCAAGCGGAGUGCCCAAGCCUCGUGGAGUGCAUGA